AUGGGCUCUCGGCUGCUGCUCGUACUGAUGCUGCUUCAGGCAGUUUGGAAAGGUGCUCUGGGAAAAUCCCACUCACUGCACACUCGAGGAAUCAUUGAAUUGGCUGGAGCUAUAUCCUGUGGCACGGGACGGUCUCCCUUGGCAUAUAUUGGCUAUGGAUGCUACUGUGGACUGGGAGGACGAGGCUGGCCUAGAGAUAAAACAGACUGGUGCUGCCACAGGCACGACUGCUGCUAUGACAAGGCAGAGAAGGCAGGCUGCAGCCCCAAGGCGCAGCGCUACCAGUGGAAGUGUGAGCACAACACCGUGCAGUGCGAUAACGUGACAGACCGGUGUGAAAAAAUGGUGUGCCUGUGUGAUCAAGAAGCAGCCAAGUGUUGGGGAGCAGCCCCAUACAAUCCACAUUUCCUCUUCUGGCCAGACUUUUUAUGUGGACAGACUCAUCCCACCUGCCAUUUCAAAUAUGGGGGGCCAGAAUAAUAUUUUUAGAACCUUCCUUCUAACCCUUUGAAUUCAAAGGUGCUGGAAUAAAAUUUUUCCUCUUUUUUCCAGAGC